AUGGCACUAGGAACACAGGAAGAUCAAUUUGAAGCAGUGAAACAGAUGAAGCAACGUCAAGAUUGUCCCAAAUGUGCCAAAAAACGACUUUACUUUUGCUAUGACUGUUUGAUAUACAUGCCUGGGGUUGAGAAGAUUGUGCCUGAUGCAAUUGAGGUAAUUAUAUUGAGUUUGAAAUUUUAAUUUAAAAUUUUUUUUUAUUUUGAAAUUUUGGGCUAGAUCAAAGUUUUCUAUGGUCUAAGGGGUGGGGUAGGGUAAAAAAUGAAGUAAAAUUUAAAAAUAUAUGAUUUUAGCUGCCAGUCCACAUUGAAAUCAUCAAACAUCCAGCUGAAAAAGCGGCCAAAUCCACGGCAACUCAUUGCUCUCUCAUAGCACCAUCCUCAACAUCAUUCCAUCACUUCCCAUGCCCAGAACUACCCCCAUUUGAUCCAAAAACAAGUGCUGUUGUGUUCCCAUCAUCUUCAGCAUUACCUAUAGAUGAGUAUUUGAAAAAGAAUCCAGGUUUGGAGAGACUUAUCAUGCUGGAUUCGACUUGGAAUGCGGUGUCACAGCUUAAGAACAUGCCUCAGCUAAAGGGAGUGCCUUGUGUGAUGUUGAAUCGAUAUGAAACCGAAUAUUGGAGGCCUCAGGUAGGUUUAUAUUAAUGAUUUAGUUUAGAAUUUGAAGUUGUUUUAUCUUAUAAUAGGCUUGCUCUACCCCAUACCUCCUACCUGAUUAUUGCUCUCCAAAUUUUUUUAGCUUUUUUAUUCUACUCUAUACCACUUUACUCUACCUCUCCACACUUUACUUUACCCUUUAGUAUCGUUUUCAUACUCAGCUAAAACACCUUUCAUCGUAUAACAAAGUCCACGCAGUCUGCACGGUGCAAAAAUCGCUAAAACAAGUUAAAACUGCCAUUCUUUUUUAGAAAAACUACAACGACGAGUGUCUAGCGACGAUAGAAGCCAUUUACUACGCGGUACGUGAAGUUCAUGCCUCAAAAUACCCACUUGAUGUAUAUGAUGGUAGGUAUGAACCUCUACUGUUUUGGUUCAAAUUCUUCAAAAAACAAUUCGUCGACCAGUCGAUUGGAAUGAAACGGGUACCAGGGUUGAAUGGAGAAGGCAAGGGCAAGAAAAAUAUUGUUAUUGAGUAA